CCAUUUGUACCACAAACUGCAUUAUCAGUAAAUCUUCGUGGUCAAAUUGCUCGACAACAUGCUAGUCGACAAUUUAAUGAUUGUUUCAAUCGAAUACCAUGCUGUGAACAAUGGGCUAAAGAAGGUGGCUGUUAUACAGAUAAAUAUCAUAUGGCAAAAUUUUGCGCCGCAGCAUGUGGCAAAUGCCGCCCUUCUUAUAAUAUUUCAAAUG